AUGGCAUCUAUGGACGAGCAGAUCAUUGCCUCGAAGCCCCGUGGUGGUCGUCGCGGCCGCGGUCGUGCUACUGGCGGCCGCUCCGCUUCUGGUCGCUCCGCUGGCGGUGCCGCCAAGGAGGCUGCCAUCGGCGGCGGCGCGCGUACCCGCUACGCCGGCGCUGCCCCCAAGUCGGCUUCGACUCGUGCUGCCCCCGCUGCUGCCCCCAAGCCCAUCACAGCCGAUGCCGUCAAGAUCAUCAUUUCUAACCUGCCCAACGACGUGACCGAGGCUGCUGUCCGUGACCUCAUGCAGUCGACCGUCGGCCCCGUCCGUACCGUCCAGAUGAGCUACACCAGCGCCGGCAAGUCCACCGGUGUCGCCACCGUCAUGUUCAAGAACAAGGGUGACGCCAACAAGGCUCACUCUGCGUACCACAACAGGAUGAUCGACAACCACAAAAGUCCCAAGAAGCAAAGCCCCGACGAACGGCGCGGAGAGACGGCAAGGUUUGAACCCCUCCGCCAAAGCCCCGCGCCCGGUUAUCCCCUUCUCCAAAGUCCCGUAUGGGUGCCCGACCGAGCUCGAGAUGUGCCAAGCGACCACAGCGGAGGUGCGGCAGUGUUGGUCGUCGCUGGUGAACGCGACUCGCUCGACCGAGGCGGGGCGGUGACCUUGGCGGCGGCCAGGCGCCGCCCACUUGGGUCGCAAGUUCCCCUGUUUGGGGGAGUACCAGAAGGCUCGAGCAUCGUGACGCGGCGAACAUCGAGACGCAGCGGACGAAUAGCUCGCCUUGGUACGCGAUCCACCCGGCAGUCGGAUGGAUGCGCACUUUUGCGAUUACCGGUCACCUCGCCCAACCGAGGUGUACCCUUUGCUAUCCGCACGGCCGACGAUUUUCACUCCCACCGGAUGACUCGGAUGACGCCUGCAAGAGAUGACACAAUGCGUCUGGAGAGCUUGGCUCUCAGUAUGCGCUGGUACCCAGACGCUCCAGAGGACUGGCAAGCAGCAGCGGCGCGGCUCUUCCUUCUCGCCCCCCCUUUCCGAUUUCCACCCUCCCAAGACAGGCGCUGA